UAUAUUCAUCCCUUUUUUCAGGGUUUAUGGAAGGGUUUAUAACGUCUUAAUAAACCCUUUAAAAGGGUUUGUGAUACGUUGCACUUUCAUAAACCCUUUUUUCGUUUUUUAUUCUACGGAUAUAUUUUACAGUGCACAGUCGGAGAAAAGCGGUGACUAAUCGGCUCGGUAAAAAAAUAUGAUGUGCGUAAAAAGUAUAUUUAUUAAAUGCGAAUAUAUAAACUCACACUUGUUCACUUCCGACCGGGUUUCAUUUUUCUUUUUGAAUGAGUCACAUCUAACUUGGUUUUUCCCCACCGAGAAGAAACUCGUAUAUAAAGAGAUGAAAUCCGACAAAAGAAUUCAUAUCACGUCUUUUGCUACGAACUUCUACGUUCUAGUAGUCACAGGUUUUGACUUUCACAGUGCAUCAUUGGUAAUGGAUCCAAACUCCUCAUGGCAACGAUCGAUUGACGGGAAGGUUUGCCCGAAAGACCAAAAUGGAAAUUAUACGCAACGCAGUGAUUUAUGCCAUGGUGUACAUAUGGCAUGGCACAAAACAAGUGAAUAUGUUGAUAAAGUAGGCGGUGGUACGGGUGAAUAUGAUCGAACACGAUACGAAGCUCAUAAGAGUAAAACAAGUCCAUACAAAGAUGGCAAGAAAUGA